AUGCCAGGCAAAAAAAGUCCUCGAAAAAGUACGGUGAAUCAUAGUACACAUUCUGGUAAACUACCCGCGAACAUCAAAAGACUCAUAAAAAAGGGCGAAUCUGAUACAAAGUCCAGGCAAUCACCACCCACGCUGGGUACAACGAGGCCAAGAAGAUUUAGCCUUAUAUACUCUUCCGAGUCAUCUUUGAGUGACGUGUCUGAUUCUGAUAAAAACAAAAGUACAAACCUACAUAAAAGCAAGAAAAAAGCAAAAAUCAUUUCAAAUAAUUCCCUAGGUAAGAAAAGUAAACUUAUACAAAGGCAACUAGACAAUGACGACGAGGGCACAGAGUCUUCCGAUUACCAAGCUGUAACGGAUGGCGAGGACAGUGAAAACGAAGAGCAAGAGAGUGAAGAACAAGAUGAUGACGAGGAUGACGAUGAUGAUGAUGAUGAUGAUGAUGGUAGUGAUAGUGAUAGUGAGACAAGUUCGGACGACGAAAAUAUAGAUUUUGUCAAACUGACCGCCCAAAGAAAGAAGAGGGCCAUGAAAGCUUUAUCUGCGAUGAAUACGAAUAGCAAUACACUCUAUUCCUCUCGUGAGAACAGCAACAAAAUUGAUUCCAUUAAAAUAUCACCUAAGAAGGAAGAAGAAGAACAACAACAAAAACAACAACAACAACAAAAUAAAAAGAAAGUAAAUGGUUCAGGUACUGCUACUUCCCAACAGGCACUAUCGUUUAAAUUUAAAAAAGAGGGUGACGGCAUUAGUUUUGGUAAUGGUAGUGAAGAUUAUAAAGAGGAUAUUGGUGAAGAAGUCUUGGAAUUGAAAAAUAAAGAGAGUAAUGACAACGAAGAAGAAAAACUAGAUUCUAAGGCGAUGUUAGGUAACAAUGAUGAAUUACGAUUUCCCAAUAUUUCGGAGUCAGAUGAAUCUGAAUAUGAUAUUGAUCAAGAUGCGUACUUUGAUGUAAUUAAUAAUGAAGACUCUCAUGGAGAAAUUGGCACAGAUCUUGAAACGGGAGACGAUGAUCUUCCCAUAUUGGAAGAGGAGGAACAAAAUAUUGUUUCUGAGCUGCAGAAUGACGACCAACUCUCAUUUGAUGGUAGCAUACAUGAAGAAGGGUCCGACCCCGUAGAAGACGCUGAAAAUAAAUUCUUACAAAAUGAAUACAAUCAAGAAAACGGAUACGACGAAGAGGAUGACGAAGAAGAUGAAAUAAUGUCUGAUUUUGAUAUGCCGUUUUAUGAAGAUCCGAAAUUUGCCAAUCUCUAUUAUUAUGGUGAUGGUUCAGAACCAAAAUUAUCCUUGAGUACAUCUUUGCCUUUAAUGUUGAAUGACGAAAAACUAUCUAAACUAAAAAAGAAAGAGGCCAAAAAAAAGGAACAGGAAGAAAGGAAACAGAGGCGAAAGCUUUAUAAAAAGACCCAAAAACCCAGUGCAAGAACAACUUCCAAUGUGGACAACGAUGAGUAUAUUUUCAAUGUUUUCUUUCAAUCCGAUGAUGAAAACAGUGACAAUAAGAUCAAGAAAGGCAAGCACAAAGCGGACAAAAAUAGUCUUGACCAUAAAAAUAAAGGCCUAAAUUUAAUAAAACCCAAUGAUAACUUGGAACCAUCAGUUCAUAAACUAGGCCUGAAUUCUGGAAAAUACGAAUCCUCUGAUGAUGAAUAUGACAACAUUUUGUUGGAUAUUGCCCAUAUGCCUUCUGAUGAUGAACGUAGUGAAUCUGAAGCAUCUCAUGAUCCUGACACAGAUGAGGAAUUGAGAGCGCUAGAUUCAGAUAGCUUAGACAUUGGCACAGAAUUAGAUGACGAUUACGAAGACGACGAUGACGAUUCUAGUGUGACAAAUGUGUUUAUAGACAUCGAUGAUUUAGACCCAGAUUCAUUUUACUUCCAUUACGACGACAGCGAUGGAUCUUCCUCUAUGGCAAGUUCUAACUCAGACAAAGAAAAUUCCGACGGAUCCAAAGAUUGCAAGCAUGAUCUUUUAGAGACUGUUGUGUACGUUGAUGACGAAUCUACAGAUGAAGAUGAUAACCUACCACCCCCAAGUUCAAGGUCGAAAAAUAUUGGCUCAAAGGCAAAGGAAAUCGUAAGCUCAAACGUUGUCGGGUUACGUCCACCCAAGUUAGGUACUUGGGAGACUGAUAACAAACCUUUUAGUAUUAUUGAUGGUCUCUCUACUAAAUCAUUAUACGCCUUAAUCCAAGAACAUCAACAACUUCGGGAACAGCAUCAAAGGGCUCAAACUCCAGAUAUUAAAAGAGAGGGAAGCGCCAAUGGCAAUAAUGGCACUGUCAAUGGCGACGAAUUGACACUCAAUGAACUAUUAAAUAUGAGUGAAUUAGAGGAUGAUUCACCAUCCCAUACAGACGAUAUGGAGAAAAAUGGUAAUUGCAAUGAUGCCACUAAUAAAAAAAGUGCCAAUGGCCAUGCUGCAGAUUGGUACGAAGUCCCUAAAGUUCCUUUAUCUGCAUUUAGAAAUAAGGGUAUUAAUGCCUACGAAGAAGAUGAAUACAUGCUACCAACAAAUUCUAAUAGAAAAGUUCCCAUUGGCUAUAUUGGUAAUGAAAGGACACGGAAGAAGAUCGAUAAGAUGAAAGAGUUACAACGGAAAAAAACUGAAAAGAAAAGGCAAUUAAAGAAGAAAAAGAAGCUUUUAAAAAUAAGAAAACAAAGGCAAAAGGCAAUAAAGGAACAAGAAACUAUGAAUUUACAGUUGGGAAUCAAUGGCCAUGAUAUUCCCGGUAACAAUAACAGUCAUAGUGAUAUAAACACCGGUACAGACUUCACUACGAAUGAAAAUACUCCUAUGAAUGAUUUUCCCUCUCACGCAUCUGAAGAUGCGUCAUUGUUACCUCAUGAUGCUGAUCUUACCGUGGGCACCAAUACAAGGAAAAACUCAACAAAGAGUGUUGGUUUAGAUGAAAUCCAUGAGAUUUUGGGCAAAGACGAAAACGACUUACUACCUGUAGGCGAUAUCAAUGAUUACGAUACACAAGAAAACCAUGCAAUUGAAGAUACUGACGCCGACAUCCUAGCAUCGUUAACCGCUCCUGUGCAAUUCGACAAUACAUUAAAUCAUGAAAACAGUAAUUCUAUGUGGAGGAGAAGACAGAGUAUGGUGGAAGCAGCGGCAGAAAAUCUUCGUUUUACUAAAAAUGGUUUAUUCAGUGAAAGUGCACUGGCAGAUAUUGAAGGAAUUAUGGGCAAUGAUACUAAUCAUUCGUUCGAGUUCAAUGAUGUCUUACAGUGA